AAUAAAUAAAAAAAAUAACAUCACUAUUCACUGAAAUAAUUUUUCAGUGUACUUUUAGAUUCAUUUUAAAAAAAUGUUUAUCCAGUGUAUAUUUUUUCUUUCAUUAUUUAUUAAUAAAGUUUUUAGCGAUGAUUAUAUGCCAGUUAAUCGUAUUGUAAAUGCAUUACCUGCUGAAUUGAAUCAAUUUCCAUAUCAAGUAUCAAUAUCAUUAGCUGGUGUUUGGGGUGUGCCAUUUAUUAUUUCUCAAAAUCCAAUAUGUAGUGGUUCAAUAAUUCAUCCAAGAUGGAUAUUAACAUCAGCAUAUUGUGUCUACGAAUUAACAUCAAAAGAUAGAAUAUUGGUACAAGCUGGUAAAAAUUUUAUCAAUGAAGCUACUGAGCCAUAUCAACAAAAUCGUUUCGUUAAUAAAGUAUAUCUUCAUCCUUCUUAUCCAGGAGAAAAUGCACGACAUGAUAUUGCACUUCUUACAUUAGAUAAACCACUUUCUAUCAAUCAAAAUGUUAUGGCAGUUAAUCUUCCAGCACCAGAAGUUGUAUAUCUUGGUGAAGGAAUUGUUGCUGGUUGGGGCUCAACGUCAUUCAGUCAAAAUACUGAAUUAUCAACAGAAUUAAGAUAUGACACUGUACCAAUUAUUGAACAUGAUAAAUGCAAUGAAAUUUUAAAAGAUAAACGUUUACCAUUACAAGUAUUUAGUGAACAAAUAUGUACUGGUUCAGGUAUAAGAAAUUCAGCAGUAUGUAAUGGUGAUUCAGGUGGUCCAUUAGUUACUAAAGAAAAAUUAGAUGGUUAUCAUGUACAAAUUGGAAUUAUAUCUUGGGGUCUUUUUCCAUGUGGUAAGGAUGAAAUUGGAGCUGUUUAUACACGUGUAUCAUGUUAUAUUGAUUGGAUUGAUGAUAUUGUAUUGAGUGAUAAAGAUAAUAUUAAAAAUACUGAAUUUGAACAACAAUAAUAAUAUGAAAAGAAAUUUUAUAUUAUUCAUUAUAAUUUGAACAAUGUUUUAUUAAAAAUGAAAUUCUAAUUAUCAAAUUUAUAAAAAACUUAUAUUUGUUUAUUUUAUUUGAAAAGUUUUUUUUAUUUUAAUUGUUUUGAUGAUUUUGUUGUUUUUUUUUUUCAUGAAGAAUUGUUUGAUUGAUUAUUAUAUACGCACUGCUGUUUAAUUAUUAUAUUCUUAUGAUGAUAAUAAAUUAUUUUGAAAAUAAAAUUGUUAAAAGCUUUAAGGAUUUGUCAAAUAAAUAAUUGGUAAUUGAAUUGUUGUUUUAAAUUAUUUAUUUUAGCUGUAUUCAAAAAAAU